GUAAAACUUGCUACACAAGGACAGAUUCAUUACAAAGCUAAAUUCUUCCUCUUGGAACCUCUUCCAAAACCUAUUCCUGAUUUCUUGCCAAUCUUAAGGAUACCUUUUGAUCGUUCAACAUUUUACAACCUUAUCACCUUACAAGCCCAAAUAGUG